GGUGGGGGAAUGUGGUAAUGGGCUGAAAGAACCAUUAUUCAAAUCGGAAGUGGCCAAGAAUCGUCACAUCGGCUCAGAUCUUUAGGUAGUUCGCUUCAGCUAUCAUUGCCAGGACAGCGUGGGUGUUUGGAGUCCGAACUCUUGAUAUCCUGGGUGGCUGCGGGCGGAAGUCGCGGCCCGGCGGGCCGUGUGCACAGCUCGCUCUGCGCUGCAGUGAGGUGAGGCUGAUCUUUGCGCCACAACUCUACGUGGAUCCCUCACAUGCCGAAGUAUCUUCAGAAUCCUGAGAAAAUCAGAGGCAGACCAAGAGUAGAAGCCGCAAAGAACAUGCCUACUGACAUGAAUUUCUGCCAGAUGCCCCAGCGGUUAGGAGCAGAAGAGCAGAAUGGAUUGUGUGAGAGAUUGGUGUCCUUAGAGGAUGUGACUGUGGACUUCAGCCGGGAGGAGUGGCAGCACCUGGACUCUGCCCAGCGACGCCUGUACCAGGAUGUGAUGCUGGAGAUCUACAGCCACCUCUUGGCAGUGGGUGAAUUGCAGCUUGACACACCACAUCACCCAGUUUUUGUGAAAGCUUCAUUUCUAAAUGAUGCAUCCAGUGAGGUCACAGGACAUGGUUCCUAUUGUACCAUUUUAGAGAGACUGUGGCAGGAUGGCAACAGUGCCACCCAGACACAUCAGCAAAGCCAGGUCCCACCCAUAAGCCCUAGUGCUUCCCGAAACCAGAAGCCACCGAAUACAGACAGUGGUGGUGACUCCGAAGAAAGUGGAGAAUCUAUUCUCUCGGGACGCCACCUCAUCUCUACAAAAUGUGUACCUCCAAGAUGUUUCUCAUUUGCAAAAAGGUUGAAACCUAACCUUGAAGCAUAUAAUGACAAUCAAAGCAAUGUCACAAAGCAGGUUAGUGACAUUAUGGGACCUCAUCAGUUUUUAACACAAGGCUCUUCUAACAGUGUGUGUGCAACACCUCUUCAGGGAGAGAAAUCAUACAAUGAAAGUCAGCUUGGAAACAUUCUUUCUCCCAAUCCACCACUUACAGAGCAUGGAAUUCCUUUUCAAGACAAAGCAGUUGAAUAUACUGGAUGCGGGAAAGUCCUCACUGAUGAGUUAGCUUUCUGUCAACAGCAAAUAACGAACAACAUGGAGACAUCUUUUAUCUGUCACACAUGUGGGAAAACCUUUCUCCACAAGUCUCAAUUGGUCUCCCAUCCAGAACCUCAUAGAGAAGAGACACCUUAUGAGUGUCCUGACUGCGCAAAAUCCCUACGGGGUAUGUCCAGCCUGCACGUGCACCGUGAAAUCCACACAAAGGAGAAACGGUAUGAAUGCCAUGUGUGUGGGAAAUCGUUCAGUUAUACAUCCCACCUAAAGGUGCACCUUCGAACACACACUGGUGAAAAACCUUAUGCAUGUUCUGAGUGUGGGAAAGCCUUCAGCCAAAAGUCAGUCCUCACCAUACAUCAGAGAAUUCACACUGGGGAGAAGCCUUACACGUGCAGUGACUGUGGGAAAAUGUUUGUUUGUGCAUCAGACCUGACAAAGCAUUGUCGGUUUCACACAGGGGAGAAGCCUUAUGAAUGCCCCGACUGUGGGAAGUCUUUUAGUAUUAAAUCUAACCUGCUUGCCCAUCAUCGAAUCCACACCAGCGAGGGGCCUUACAAAUGCUUUGACUGUGGGGAAUCAUUCAGGAAAAUAUCCCAAUUGAAGGUACAUCAUCAAAUUCACACCGAUGGUAGGUCCUUUGUGUGUUCUGACUGUGGAAUGGCCUUCAGCCAAAAGUCGGUUCUCGUCACACAUCAGAGAAUUCACACUGGGGAAAAAUGUUACCCGUGUAGUGACUGUGGAAAGUUGUUUCUUUAUGCUUCAGAUCUGAAGAAGCAUUGUCGAAUUCACACAGGGGAGAAGCCUUACAAAUGCCAUGACUGUGGGAAAUCGUACAGUGUGAAAUCACACCUCCAUGUGCACCAUCGAAUUCACACCGGUGAGAGACCUUACAAAUGUGAAGACUGUGGGAAGUCCUUCAGAAGAAACUCUCACCUGCAAAUGCACCAGCAAACUCACACUGGUGAGAAGCCCUACAAGUGCUCUGACUGUGGGAAGUCAUUCCGGAGAGCAUCCCACCUGAAGGUACAUCAUCGAAUUCACACUGGGGAGAAACCUUAUGUGUGUUCUGAGUGUGGGAAGGCCUUCAAUGAUAGGUCAGUUCUCAGCACACAUCAGAGAAUUCACACUGGAGAAAAGCCUUACAUAUGCAGCGACUGUGGGAAAGCCAUGUCUUCUAAAGCCAAUCUCAAGGAGCAUCAGCGAAUUCACACAGGCGAGAAGCCAUAUGUGUGUGCUCAAUGUGGGCGGGCCUUCAGUGAUAAGUCUUCUUUCUAUAGACAUUGUAAAAUUCACAGUAAGGAUAGACCUUUUGUCCAUAACAAAGGUGAAAAGGGCUUCCUGCAGAAUUCACAAGUGCCCACCUAUGAGCAAACUCACAGUGCAGACAAGCUGUAGUGACGCUGUCAUGGGAACUGUCGCUGUUAUGUGUCAGCUGACGUGUAUCGCCGCGGUCAUACAUGCCAUCACUGACACUGUGGGCUGCUGGUGGUGCACUGUCCACACCAUACUGGGAAGAGACACUAUUUGUGUUGUGAAUGCAGAGAGUCCUUCAAAAUCAUGUCAUUUCAGUAGACUCAAGUGCUUAUACCAGACAGUCUUCCUCAAGACACCUGAUCAUAUAAAAGAAUUUAUUGUAGAGUCAGUUCCUCAUCCAUAGCCCUCAUCAAAGUAUUCUUGGUUUUCAU